GGCAGGCUUUAUAGGUGGGGGGGUAGAGAACUUCAGUUAUUUUUUUAUUGUGGGGGGCAGUUGCUCCCCCGCCUGCCCCUCCUUGGCCGCCCUUUUGCUUGCAAGGGGGGGGGGGCAACCAGGUUCCCCACCCAACGGUUCGCCCGCCACCCCCGGACUCUGAAACUCGCAGCAACUUUCUGAAAGGAGAGAGAACUCUGAAGGCCGGAACUGUGGUCUCCGGCGCUGCGUUGCGCGGGGGGAAGCCUUUUGCCGUGACUCCCGGAAGCGCCGGUUGGGGAGACGUGUCUCUGGCAGCAGCGGCGGCGGCGCGGGGUUGGGCUGAGCAGCCGGUACUGCGGGCUUUCCGCUGAGGGAUCGCCAUGGCCGCCUCGGAGAAGCUGGUGGAGCAGCUGCGGCGCCGCGUCCGGGAGCUGGAGGAAGAGCUGGGCCGGGGGGAAGGAGGCGGGCAAGGCCGGCGGGCGAGGAUCGAGCAGAUGAGCCCGGAGGUGACCGACUCCAACCCGUACAGGUGAGCGGGUCUUUGGGGCAGGGGAGAGUGGUCGUGAAUUACAUUGCAGGGGGGGUUGGGCUAGAUGACCAUUGUAGGGUGGGGGCCCCACGCAGCUCUACCAUUCUGUGAUCCCGCCCUUUCCCUCCAAGGAGGAGCUCAAGGUUCUCCCCCCUACACCACCUCCACAACAGCCCUCCGAGGUAGCUUAUAGGCUACCUGGCCCAGGGUCACCCAGUGACCUUCAUGUAAAAUAACAUUAUUUUUUCCAUUUUUUUUUAUUAAUUUUCCAAAAAAAUAAUAAUAAACAUACAUCCUGUUUAAAUCUUGGUAACAUUAUUAAGUGACUUCCUCAAAUCCCCUUGAUUGAAUUUCAUUAUAUAUCAUUUUAACAGUUUUCCAAAGUAAAAUAACAAUAUUAAUAAUUUAUUCCCCGCCCAUCUGGCUGGGUUUCCCCAGCCACUCUAGGCAGCUCCCAACAGAAAAUUAAAAACACGAUAAGACAUCAAACAUUAAAAACUUCCUUAAACAGAUGUCUUCUAAAUGUCAGUUGUUUAUUUCCUUGACAUCUGAUGGGAGGGCGUUCCACAGGGUGGGCGCCACAACCGAGAAGGCCCUCUACCUGGUUCCCUGUAACCUCACUUCUCGCAUUGAGGGAACUGCCAGAAGCUGGACCUCAGUGUCUGGGCUGAACGAUGGGGGUGGAGAUGCUCCUUCUGGUAUACCUGGCUGAGGCCGUUUAGGGCUUUAAAGGUCAGCACCAACACUUUGAAUUGUGCUCAGAAAUGUACUGGGAGCCAAUGUAGGUCUUUCAGGACCGGUGUUAUACGGUCUCAGCAGUCACUCCCAGUCACCAGUCUAGCUGCCGCAUUCUGGAUUAGUUGUAGUUUCCGAGUCAGCUUCAAAGGCUGAGUUGGGAUUUGCAGACCCUGGGCCCCCAGAUCCUAGUUCGGCACUCUGGCCCAGCUAUUCUUAACCUCUGGUUAAAAGAAGGGCCUCAAGAUUGCGGGGUCCACAUUGGUUCCUAUGGGGAGAUGUGGUCCUUAAGGUACGGCGGUCCUGAGCUAUUUAAGACUUUAUAGGUUGAAGCCAGCUCUUUGAAUUGGGUCCCAGAAGCUCAUGGGUAGCCAGUGCAGUUGGGCUAGGGUUAGUGUUGUGUGCUCAAACCAGCCUGCCCCAGGGAGCAACCUGGUUGCUGAAUUCUGCACCAGCUGGAGUUUCAGAACUCUUCAGAGGCAGCCCUGGUUUUUUAACUUUUUGAAAUAUGGCAGCCCUGUGUCAGUGGAUAGAUGGAAGUCCUUAACAGCCAGUCAAGAAGUGGUAUGGCAUUUUCAGCUACUGUAAUGGAACAGUAAGAGGCAAGUAAUGGCUAUUCCUAGUGGCAGCACAGAAAUUAGUGGCAUGUACAGGCUGUGUACACACCUUCAAAGUGUUUCCGUUUAGCCCUUUUCACCAACCUGGAGGUUGUUGGUUUAUGUUCCAGGAUGUCUUAAAUGAAUCCAUACUUAAUUUAAUCACUGUGGGAGAUCUGGAGCUGCUGAAAUAUCCAAGACAAACAGGGAUUUCAGCGCACUUCAAUUUUGCACCAUGGAAUUUGCUAAUCUCCUUUUGAUUUUGAAAUAGCUGUGCCAUGUGAAUGAAGCGCACUUGACAAAAGUGUUUUUGUUUCUUCCCUCUCUCUAGUCGCCUGAUGGCGCUGAAAAGAAUGGGAAUUGUGAAAGACUAUGAGGUGGGAUAAUGUUUCUUAUAGAAGUUUGCAUUAACGAUGUAAACACAUGGCACAAAAUGCUUACCAGUGUUGGUUUCUUGUUGCAGAAAAUCCGCUCCUUUGCUGUCGCGGUGGUGGGUGUUGGUGGAGUUGGCAGCGUAACUGCUGAGAUGCUGACAAGAUGUGGCAUUGGUAAGGUAAUAAUACGUUUCUUCCUUAUAACAACACUGUCCUGAGUAAAAUCAGUGGUGCUUUGGUGAAAGAUUAAUUUCCCUUUGUCAACUUCACAGUGGCCUCUGUAAUGGGUAAAGGGUGGUAACCUACAUGAUGAUUAGUGACGGUUUAGAAGCUGUAGUUGGCAGAGGCUCCUGGAAGUAUGUUUACUGUGCAUUUUAGGACACACAGUUCUCCUUGCAUGUCCUUUUUGGUUCUUAUACUGGUACUUCAUUUUUCUAAAAUUGUUGAAGCAACAUACAUGGAUUUAUCUCAUUUAAUUCUAACAACAGUCCUGUAGGGUAGUAUAAUGAGUAUGGGUUGCUCGUGCGUAAGUUGCCGCCUCUCCAGGCUUUGUUGCCUUGGUAAACCUUUCAGUCUGGGCACCCCUUCACUUUGUGGCUGCCUCAGUCGCUAGCAGAAUCCGUCAGUGGGCGUUUCUUAAAUCUUUUCCAACAUAAAAGUUGUUUGACACCAAGUCUCCUCCUACUCUCCCUGCGCGGAAGCCUUCUGCGCAGGGAGGGCGUGGGUAGCGGAGGACCAGUGCUCUCCCCGCUGGUGUCCGGUGAAGAGUCCUGGAGCCCUCUCGCCGAUUCCCCCAUCAGCCCCUCCUUAUCCCUGGUGUAGCGCUGAUUUGCUUCCCCAUCUGCGGAGCUGCCUCUCUCCCUGCUGGGCCCUUCUCCAGCAUCAUUUGAGAGCCUUCCCUCCGCCUCUAGCUCCGAUGUCAGUUCCCUGACAGGUAGGUUAGGAAGAGAGGAAAUGACUUGCCCAUGGCCAAAGAGCAAACAUCAAUGUUGAAGCUUUGUUUCCUACAUCCAACCCCCCCCCCCCCCCCGAUCUCCAGUACAGUGGUACCUCGGGUUACAUACACUUCAGUUUACAGACUCUGCUAACCCAUAAAUAGUACCUCGGGUUAAGAACUUUGCUUCAGAAUGAGAACAGAAAUCGUGCAAGCGGGAGGCCCCAUUAGCUAAAGUGGUGCUUCAGGUUAAGAACAAUUUCAGAUUAAGAACGGACCUCCAGAACGAAGUAAGUACUUAACCCGAGGUACCACUGUACUGUUGUUCUCUGAUUCUUUUAUCUCUGCCACAGAAGCACAUGAGAGACAAAUGGGAGCUUUCUUGUGGAAGUAACCCUUAAAAAGUUAUUAUUUAAAGCUGAUGGGCGUCUGUGAUGAAUUUAAAGUUUGAAUCUCAUUUUACUUAAACUAUCACAGUCUUUUAAAACUGAAUUUCAGGUGUUUUAGAAAUAAAUAUGUUUGCCACUUUAGAAUCCGUAGGAAUAAUAUUUUUUAGCCCAAGGGCUGUGACCCUGUCUGUCCUAAACGUGAACCUGACCAAAGGCCAUUCAUGUGUCACUGUAAUCUUUCUUUUAGCUGCUCCUGUUUGAUUAUGAUAAGGUGGAGCUGGCCAAUAUGAACAGGCUCUUUUUCCAACCCCACCAAGCUGGACUGAGUAAAGUGCAAGCAGCAGAGCACACUUUGAGGUAUGUGAAAGUGGGAGGUGACAUCCAGUUAUGGAAUGCAACUUCAGACAUGCGGAACAUCAGUUUCAUGAGAAACUAAUCUUAAAUAAAUCAUGCUGCGUACGUUUAUGCGGAAGGAAGUUCUUCUGAGUCCGGUAGGAUUUAUUCCCAAGGAAGAGCAUGGGAUUGCAACCUUAGUAUGUUAGAAUUUGCAACACAAACGUGUGGGGCUCCUUUCAGAGAUGUUCGUGUUAAAGCUGCAGUGUUUGUUUUAUCCUUAAGGAACAUCAACCCCGAUGUGCAGUUCGAAGUACAUAACUACAACAUCACAACUGUGGACAACUUUCAACAUUUUAUGGACAGGAUCAGGUAACAUAUCUUUCGGGGGCUGGUAGCGGUGGUCGUAACGAAACAGUACUGAUUCACAUUUCUCUAAAUCAGGGGGUUGGUAACCUCAGGCCUGGGGGGUCAAAUGCUUCAGGCUUCUCUGUUUGGCCUUUGGACUCUCUAGGCCACACACCCUUUCUCCCAGGCCACACUGCUGUCUGGUCUGGCCUAGCCUUACCCCAUCCUUGAGGGCUUUUAUCUGGCUGGAAAUAAUCCUUUAACUCUUAUAAUGAUUCUCCCUAGCUUGGAUUGAGGAUAGAGGGGUCUCUAAGCAACUAGCCCAUGGGUAGGCAAACUAAGGCCCGGGGGCCGGGGCCGGCCCAAUCCCCUUAGCCUAUUGUACAAAGGUUAAAUUGGCAUUUGUCGUUCUGGCCCUGCCCAUUGCUGGCAUGUGGGCCAUGUAAGAUUUCCUAGGAGAAGAUGCAACCCUUGAGCAGAGGAGGAUUCCAUGCUAAUAAUGAAUGGAGAGUUUCAUGGUAAAACAGCUUCCUUGAUCUUCUUGCAAGGAACCUUAAUAUUUCCAUUUUCUCCCCUUUUUAUUUAUAGCAACGGAGGUUUAGAAGAAGGGAAACCUGUUGAUCUUGUAUUGAGCUGCGUGGAUAAUUUUGAAGCACGCAUGGCAAUUAACACAGUAAGUGUAGCAACAGCAACGCACACAUGCCUCCUGUUAUCACCCAAGUACACAUUGCACACCUAUUGCUAGAAGCUGUGGAUCUCGUACCCAGUACAUUGUAGCAGGUAUGGCUGCUGUGCCAUCUCAGUGGGGGAGGCAGAGGGUUCCCAAGCGAGCCACUUCUGAAAAGAUAUGGCUGUUCCACAGUAGCUGUGCUUGGUGCAUUUGCAGUAUCAUCGUGCCUUGAGCCUCUGUAUGUUACAUGAAAGCAGGAUACACAAAAACAGUAAUACUAGAGAUUGAACUGCAUUUCGUUGGCGACCUCAGUUUCAUCCUUGGGUGAAUACAGACUUCUGUGACAUGGACAUGAAUGGGAUCCGUUUUCCAGAUCUGGUUUGAGAAGUUUGAGGGAUUGCUGAAGUCUGUCACAAAACUCAAAUGAAGUUUUGCUUUCCUAAGAACUUACAGUGGUGCCUCGCAAGACGAAAUUAAUCCGUUCCGCGAGUCUCUUCGUCUUGCGGUUUUUUCGUCUUGCGAAGCACGGCUAUUAGCGGCUCUUAGCGGCUAUUAACGGCUUAGCGGCUUUAAGAAAAAGGAAACAAACUCGCAAGAACUCGCAAGACGUUUCGUCUUGCGAAGCAAGCCCAUAGGGAAAUUCGUCUUGCGGAACGACUCAAAAAAUGCAAAACCCUUUCGUCUAGCGAGUUUUUCGUCUUGCGAGGCAUUCGUCUUGCGGGGCACCACUGUAUUUUCAAUUGAAAUUCUUUAGAUGACCAACUCCCCUACAAUGAGUUCAUUUUCAGACCUGGAAACCAGGAGUGUGGUACCGAUUCUUGCCUUUGAAUUUGGGUCGCCUGAUGUCAUGGUGACGGGCAGGUGAUUUUACAGCAAAGGUGUCCUGGCUCAUCUUUCAAAGUAGCCACCGGUCAGUUGGGGGGGCGGGAGCUCAAGAUCUAGACAGUUCCCCUCCCCUGAGAUAAGCCUUUAGCUUGAUUCAGCAGGGCUCUUCUUAUAUCCAUAAGCAGUUUAGAUUUUUGCAGCAAGUGCAACUUAUGCAUGUAUAAAUAGUACGUGUUUUAUGUUUUUUAAGGCUUGUAAUGAGCUUGGACAAAUAUGGAUGGAAUCUGGAGUGAGCGAAAACGCUGUGUCUGGCCAUAUCCAACUCAUCAUCCCUGGUGAAUCGGCUUGUUUUGCGGUAUGUGAUGUUAUGCUUUCUAAGUUCCAUUGUGCUGUCCCUUCUAAGGUGAAGUGAAAGUUGUUGGAAUCUAAAGUCAUUUUUGUUGGAUCCUUCUCCUGUUCGUGGGUUUUUCAAAUGCCCCUUUUAUGAUUCUCAAACUCCUCUUCCCUUUUUGGCUAGUGUGCACCUCCACUUGUUGUAGCGGCAAAUAUAGAUGAGAAAACGCUCAAACGGGAGGGAGUUUGUGCCGCCAGCCUUCCCACCACUAUGGGAGUGGUCGCCGGUCUUCUUGUUCAAAACGUCCUGAAGUAAGUGACUGAGAUGCCUCAAUUUAAAAAAAAAAGUUUAAGUGGGAAUUGGUUCAUGGCAAAAGAAUUACAUCAAGCAUAUUGGGUGAGAUCCAGAGUAGUGUGAGCAGCUGUGUCCUUGUGCAUUCUCCAUCUGUUCCCUCCACACCCUCCUAUAUUUGCUGCAGAUAGUUAGGGACCCUCCAGAGCAGAUUUUCGGGGUGCGCAGGUGCUGAAGGAGAACUCCAGUUGUGCAAGAUUUCUGUUGCGCAAGUAGGCAAGCAUCAUUGGAUGUCACCCAUAAUGAACCAAAGGGCUGUGUCUUCCGUCUGACACAUGCAAACAAUAAACUGUUCUCUUCUUUUAUCCUUCCUGCAUUUCCCCCCAGAUAUUUACUGAAUUUUGGCACGGUGAGCUUUUACCUUGGCUAUAACGCAAUGCAGGAUUUUUUCCCCUCCAUGACGAUGAAGCCAAAUCCACAGUGCGAUGACAGAAACUGUAGACACCAGCAGGAAGAGUACAAGGUAAAAUAAAUAGCUAAAAGAGUUCAGGCUCCUUUUCCAAUUCCUUGAAAGGGGUGGAUAACUUGUUCAGCGGAAGUUAGAAAAUGUAGCAUGAACUCUUUGGAGCUGUUUACCCUAGUAUGGUCAUUCUGAAUGGGCCUCUAGCAUAUAAUUAUUUAACUUUUCCCAUUAUUUAGAGUGGGAAGAAAAACCACUUGUGACUGUGUUUGUAUUUACAGAAAAAAGCAGCAGAAAAUCCUAAAGUAGAAGUAAUUGAACAGGAAGAAGAAAUAGUUCAUGAAGAGAAUGAUUGGGGUGAGUUAAGAUACUAAGACAAUACAAAUUGCUAGCUUACAACUCUUGGAACUAGUAAAAUGCCCAUCAGCCUAAGCAGCUUUCUCUCUUGUGAAUGAUUUCAAUUGAGCCCCUGCCCCAAAAAGCAGGUAGCUGUAAGUGAGGACAUAGUUGUGACAGCAGCACAAGCUAUUGCGAUCUAUUAUUGUCAUGAAAGGGUAUCCCACAUUAUGAACCCACUUUGGCAUGUUAUGCUUAAUUAGGGUUUAAAAACCCCUAAACAUUACCACUGCUCCCAAAUCCAUUGGGCCUGUCCAACACGGGAGAGGGUAACAGCCCUACUCCCUGCCCUUUCAAUUGCCUGAAGAGGUUUUUGACUGUAAGAAGUACAGUGGUACCUCGUGUUGCGUAACCUCCUGGUUACAGAAUCUUCGGGUUACGGCCACGGCAAACCCGGAAGUGUAUACUUCCGGGUUUCACCGUGCAUACGCAGAAGGGCGCCUCCAGUUACGAAGUUUUCGGGAUUCAGCCGGGCCUCCAGAGCAGAUCCCGUUUGUAACCGGACGUACCACUGUAAUGUCUUUAUCGGCCCUGAAACAUAAGUUCAGUCUGUAACUUUUUUGUAUUUGUAGACAAUUACUGUGUAUACCAUUAAUCUGCACUAAUGCUUUCCCUUGCAUUGAUGUGUUUGGGGCUAUUCAGGGAUAGAGUUGGUAUCGGAAGUUUCAGAGGAAGAAUUAAAAGCUGCUUCAGGUCCAGUUCUCGAUCUUCCAGAAGGAAUCACGAUGGCAUACACAAUACCAAACAAGGUGGUAAGUUGUUUUUAGCUAACGUCAAGAACAUUUUAUUUGGAUUGGCUUUAACUUGUCAAGUUGCAUGUGGGAAUGAGCAAUCAGUGCUGCUGUUCUGCAGUCUUCACUUCCAUCGUGUGCGUCAAUGAAGUUGAUGUUAGGAUUCGUGCUCCGUGUUUGCAGUCAUAGGAUUGUUGUCGUAUCACAUGACGGUGUAUGUUUUCAUUCUACAGUGUGGGAAGUGAUGGAAACAGGAUGUUUUGUAUUACUGUGUUCCGGAAAGUGGGACUAUUGUCCUUUGGUUUUUUUUCCUCUUUGCUGUCUGAUGAGAAAGAGGAAGGAGCUAAGUCAGAAUGCUCCGAGUGUAUUAUAUGUAAAUAAAAGUAGAUUAGCCAAAAUGCAGUGCUACUGAGUUCUGUUGUGCGAAAUGCAAAUACUCUGCAGAAUCGUAAGUGUGCUGAUGCCUCUUGGCAUCAGUCGCUGUGGUGUUUGGGCAGAAGAAAGCUUUUGAAGCUCCCGAACGAUCGACCAGGAGGGAGAGUACAUGCCAGUCAGGCAUGUGUCUCUACCAGGUUCAUACACGAAAGUAGGACAAUCCUAACAGCCCACAACUGCUGUCAUAGCCAGAGCAGCACUGCACACUUUGACGUGUGCACCUUCCAAGCUUGGCUGUCGUAGCUUCCUUGGCGGAGAGAGCCUCUGCUCACUUGGCACGUACGUGCUUCGCUAACCUUUGCUUUACAAUGGGGUGGGAACCUCUGGCUUGUGAGGCCUCCAGAUAUCAGGCAAAGGGCAUGCAGAGAUGCAGUUGCCAGUGCACAGUUUGCAGCCUUGAAGUGUCCUUCUGCCUGUGGAAGGAUGCUAUAUCACCUGAUAAGCCUUAACUAAAGCUCAUUGGGAUGAACUUCUGAGUUUCCCCCAUAGGGAUUCAGUAGCGUAGCCAACCGCUGCAGAAGGUGGAGUUUGAAGUCAGCAUUGAUCAUUGGUAACUUUCAGCCUGGCGAGACUAAGCUUGGAUUUUCUAUACUUGCCAUGCAAGGAAGGAAGAAUGAGUCCCCUGACAUGAUGGUGAUGUUGGGUGACUGACAGGUGUUAGUAUUUAAUUACGUUUGUAUCCGGCCUAUUUUACUAUAAUGUGUGUGGUGUUCAGCACGCCAAGCUUGUUGGAGCUUUUGGAUUUGAGGCUAUAGUGAAAAGGUGUAAAGGCAUUUACUACUCUUCUCCCCUCACCAGGAAGAGAACGCUGUUACUGGGGAAACUGUUCCAGAAUCUGAAGAAAGUCUAGAAGAACUUAUGGCUAAGAUGAAGAGCAUCUAGCAAAAAGAACACUUCGAGAUUACUGUAAUUUCAGCAGCCAGUGAUGUGUAACAGAUUUAGUCUUUCAUGAAUAGUGCGUUGUCAUGUUGUCUUUUUGUUAAUUAUGUGAAGACUUUAUGGUAUGAGGGUCCAGUGAAAACCAAGGCAAGCUGACAGGUUUAAUUUAUAACACAAUGCCACGCUGCCUUUUAAGCCCAGUUCAGGUGAGAGUAAAUUUGUUGAGCGUAAUCAGUUCCUCCUUAGGAUGCCUGGAUUGGAAAAGUGUCUAAAAUAGUAACACUUGAUCUGCUUAAGCUUAUGGUUAGAAGAAUGAAAAGCUAUACAAUAUAUAGAGAGAGCCUUGUUUAAAAAAUGAUUAUCAUUGUCAUACACCCUAGCCAAUUAUAUAUGACCGUUACAUGGAAAAGUAACUGUUUGGUAUACUUUUGUUAGCCGCAAGAGAAGUCUUUUGGAAGACUUAGUGGGCUGAAAAUGUGGGACGAGCCAAUAUCUGGUUCCUCUGGCCAUGCAGUGUGUAAUAGGAAGCAUUGAAUGCUAAAAUUUGCUAUCACCGAUAUACCAUUAUGGGAGAAUACUGAAUUUGGAAAAGCUCUUGAGCCAUCAUGCCUAAAAUCCUCAGUUUCCAAAUAAGAAGAAAAUAAAGCAAUGAGGUGAAAGUUGCUUUGAAUUGAUAAGAGAAAACUGCACUAGGAGUAAGUUUGGCAAAUGAUCUAGUCUGUUAUGUUCAAUUGUAGAUUAUCACUCAAGUGGUGUAGGAUAAAAAGCUCUGGGAAGCAGAAGUUGCCAGGGCUUCCUCCACCAAAGCAUUUAAUUCCCUUUCUAAUCCAGGCAGGUCAACCAAAAAUUGAAAGUUAGGCAGGGUUAAUGACACUUGCAGUCGCUCAGCACUUACAAGGUCUCUUGCCAGUUGCUUUAUAAUAAUGUCACCUUAGUAGUAUUUGCUUAAGUAAUAUUUCAGGUAUAUAUUUAGUAAACAAAGAAGCUGCAAUCCAAGAGAAGCCUAUUUAGAAUCAAUGGCUGUAAGGCUAACUAUUUUUAAACCACCAGCAAUAAACUACAGGUUAUGCUUGCUGGACUGAAUGUUGUACGGUCAGUUGGAUAAGUCUGCUGGAGAAAUGCUUUUGUCAUUAACUGGUGAUUAACAUAAUUAAUUAAUUGAUUCAGACAGAUUUGCAAAAAUAAUGGUUUGGAAGUUUGAUGGUUCUAGGCAAUCCCACAAUUAAUUGCUUCAACUACUUGUUCAACCACACUCCAUUCUGUUUCCAUUUUGCAUUUUUACAACAGCAUUUUUGUGUGUCCUUCCUGUGAGUUACUUUCUUGGAAAUAAACUUUAUUACUAAAAUAAGCUCAGCAUCAACCAACCAAUAUGUUAUCUACUUGUGUGCUUUUAUAGAUUGCUUUCUACCUCAGGACUUUGUGCUCAACUGACAACUAUUAAAUUUGUUACAAGAGUUUUGAAAUUUAGACUACCAACAUUUCUAAAAUUCAGCUUUAACAGAACUAAUAUUGGUGCAGUUUAUACCAUAUACAAGUUUUGUUGCCAAAGGCCUGCUUCUUGCUUAUAAACAUUUCAGAUUAAAUUAUUAUUGAAGUGCAAACAAAUAGGGUUAAGACUAAUUGAACCAUUUGUUUCUAAGCUACCACUGCUUCAGCCUGAUGCCUAAUACAAAGAAAGGAAUAUUUAAUACUUACUUUACUGCAGCCCUGUUCAAUAAUCACCCAUAAGUAUGAUUUGUUUUCAGUGGGGGUUGCUAAUAAGCAUGCAUGAAUAUGGUUGCUGUGCUAGGGUAAACACUUAAAAGGGCCUGUGCGGAGUGCCACGUAUCAAGGGGAAUAUAUUAACUGCGAGAAAGCAAAGCUGUAUAGAACCAGGUAAGAUGGAACAAAAAAUGAUAAGGGAAAUUAGGAAGCCUUCAAAUGUGUAUAAUUUUUUAAAAUAAAUGGUGUAUUUCUUCAUGCCCAACCGCGAACUAUAGCUGUGUGUCUGUCCCACACACAAGACAUUCCUGAAGGUCAAAAGAAAAGCACCCCACACAGCUCAAGAGUACAUGGUACAUGGUCUUUGAGUCCCGGCUCUAGAUUUUGAAUAUGUGGCAAACACAAAGCAGGUUAUUCAGUUAAGAGUGUCACUUCCUCACAAUUUAAUGUAUAUCUCAAAGGAAGUAUAACUGGACAGCUACAAAUACUGCUUUUAAAUUUCAUAAUUUACAGAAAGAUUGAUAGUCAAAUGUUUUUUCUUUUUUCUCUCCACUUUGGAGAUAUAAUAAUAAUAAUAAUUUAUUCUUUAGACCCCACCCAUCUGGCUGGGUUUCCCCAGCCACUCUGGGCGGCUCCCAACAGAAUAUUAAAAACAUGAUAAAACAUCCAACAUUAAAAACUUCCCUAAACAGGGCUGCCUUCAGAUGUCUUCUAAAAGUCAGAUAGUUGCUUAUUUCCUUGACAUCUGGUGGGAGGGCGUUCCACAGGGCGGGCGCCACCACCGAGAAGGCCCUCUUCUUGGUAUCAAAAGCUCUGACUGUAGAGUCACAUUAAAUCCAACAGAAGUAGGAAAAGACAUUACAGAUUGACAGCUCAGUCCCAACAAAUCCUUUAUACCUGGUCAAGGAAAGAAGGUGCUGUAACUAAAAAAAACCUCAUUAUUAUGUAACACGAAUAAGCCUUGGGCUUGUGUACUCCCUAUCUUCUCUAGUGCAGCCACAAGGAGUUCAUUAGCCAUCACUUUCAAUUGUGUUGUGUCCAAACCAAAAUUCCUGGUUAAGCUUAACUAUGGUCUAUUGAAACAAAUGAACAUCAUAAAACCCAGUUUGAAGUUGGCUUUCCUCUGUAAACUGCAGGACAAAUGACAGUUUUGAGUUCAGCGAGUUAAAAACAAGGGGAAGCCUCUGUUCCUUUUGUGGAAGAUAACUCACCUUGGAUAACUCUACUUGGCUGGAAAUAAGGGAGGCAUGCAACUUAGCAUUCUGCCCCAAUCAGGAAGCAUCUCCCUGUUUUUGCUCAAAUCAAGAACCUCCAUCUUUCUGCACCUCUAUCAUUACUGCUUCACCUGAGCCUCCUUUCUCUUGCUGGAAAGACUCUGCACCUAAGAAAGGUAUUAUAGAUUAUAUACGUACCUGUCCUUAUAAUCAAUGGGACUUAAAUCCAUGUAAUGUAUGCAGGACUGGAGUGUCAAUAUAACUAAAACUACUUUUUAACUGUGUGGAACAGUCUGCAAAACAUUCGGCAAUACUGGGGGGGGAAAGGUUUCAGGGCACUGCCAUCCUCCUCUUAUUCAGACAAACCCAUUUGAUGUGGGUGGCGCUGUGGUCUAAACCACUGAGCCUCUUGGGCUUACCGAUCAGAAGGUUGGCGGUUUGAAUCCCCGCAACGG